AUGGCGACGUGCAGUGUAGACUUCGAUAAGACGCCCGCAGUAUACUCGCCCGGCGAAAAACUGGCCGGAAGUGUGAAGAUGAUCGUUGCGGACGAGGAUUUCAAAGCUCGCAAGGUACGAAUGGAGAUGAUCGGCAAAGCGUACACGUACUGGGAGGGAAACGUGAAGAACAACACCAAAAUCAAGUGGGUUUUUGGGAUUUCGGGCACUAAAAGCCACACAAGUUUACAGAAACGGUGACAUUGCGCGAGUCCGUCACAAUUGUGCGGAUCACAAGGGAAAAAUAGUGUAUUGUCGGUUCGAAAGUAUCGUGUGGAAAAGUGACGGCACUAAGCACGAGAUGCCGGCCGGCGAGCACACUUUUCCGUUUUCAUUCCAACUCCCACACUGGGCACCGCCUAGUUUUGAGGGUAAUGUACAUAUACUCAUUGAUAUUAUCGUUCCACUUUUUGUCCAGGCGAUCUCGGCUUCAUCCGCUACUUUAUCAAAGUCGAAAUCGACCGUCCGUGGAAGUUCGACGACAAGUUCAUCACGUGCUUCACAGUUUUACCCAAAAUCGAUCUGUCGCUGAUACCGAAUUCGCAAUUGCCGUCGCGGAAGCACGUUUGCGAGCAGAUCGGAGCGGUUUUGUGGAAAAGAGGCGCGGUGAGAGUUGAGGUAACCCUGAUUAUGUGAACGAGUUUGUGGAGAGCAAAACGUUGAGAUUCGGAUACCGAAGCAGGGAUUUGUGUGCGGAGAGCAUAUUCCGGUCGAGAUGAAGAUCGACAAUAGAACGUCGAAAAAGUUCAAGCAGGUAUUCUAUUGAGUUGUGUCAUGGCCCUAAAUUUCUCUUGCAGAUAAGCCUACGACUAGUCCAACGCGUCACGUACACCGGGUUCCGUGACGGAUUCGUCAACUCGCAGUCGCACGCGUGCAUCGGCCAUGAAAAGGAGAAGAUCACGUACGCGACACGUCUGAACGCACAAGUUCGAGUCGAGGAACGCAAGAUUUCCGAGGAUAUUGUGGUAGUGAACAAUAAUAAUAAUAUCAACUUGCAAUUGCGUCUUUUAGGACAUCCAAAUCGACAAAAACGAAAAGGUGGAGAUGGACAAGGCGCUGAGCGUUCCGCCGUUGGCGCCUUCCACCAAAACUUGCGAAAUUAUCGAUGUCGAGUACUAUCUGAAAGUGAAAAUGAGCACUUUGGGCACGUUUCCGAGUGCCAUCAAGUUGGAACUUCCGUUCAUUAUUGGCAAUGUGCCAAUUGAGAGUGGUAGGCGGGGCGGAGUGAAUAUUCACAAAUAUGAACAAAUAUUGUAGAUCUUAAGUUUGACUACAAAAAGUCAGUGUUCGGCUACUCGGCAACUGUGCUCAAGAAUCGAGAUGUGCAAAAGUUUGCGCCACUUUAUCCGGUCUACAAAUUCAAGUGAUUCAUGCGCUUUUUCUGUGAUAUUUUCCGAAUAAACCCUUUGAAAUCUGGCAUCAAAUCACAAAAGACAAAUCAGAACUUUCUUAUCAUUUUCCGUCUAUUAUCAUUCUGUGAGAUGAGAAAUAAGACGUGAAAAAGUUUGGUUUGUGUUCCAGAUCACAAAAUGAGACUUUUGGAGGGGUACAUAACGCUUUGGGGACAACUUUUUUGCAGAAAACUGUUCACAAUGGCAUUCCUACUGACAAUUCUCAUAACUCUGCUGAUUCCAGUGGCCAGGUACCUUCAAUUCACACAUUUCAUCCCAUAACCGUACAAUUUCAGCUAUUACCUGUGGCACUGGACAUUCUGGAAACGUCGUGGAAUGCCCGGUCCCUGGGGGCUGCCAAUUCUCGGAAAAUCCGGCACACUGCUCGACGACAGUACCCCGCCGGGCCAGAUUCUGAGCAAUUGGGCCCGGGAAUACGGAAAGUGUACGGAUUCACGGAGGGAAUGCAAAAAGUGCUCGUGCUCUCGGAUCCGCGUCUCGUUCAGGAGCUCUUUGUGAAACAGUACGACAAUUUCUAUGGCCGCAAGUUGAAUCCGAUUCAAGGAGAUCCGGAUAAGGAUGCGGAUGUGCAUAUUGUCGGAGCUCAGGGAUUCCGGUGGAAGCGAUUGAGGACCAUCACGGCGCCAGCGUUCUCGAACAAUAGCAUCAGAAAGGUGUUGGGCCGGAUCGAGGACAGUUCUUUGGAGUUUUUGAAGCAUUUGGAGAGAGAAGCGACCAGAGAGGAGGGUGUUAAUAUGUACCUGUACUGCAAAACACAAAACACAACCAGAGACCCGUCUUUCAGAUACUUUCAAGAGUUCACAAUGGACGUAAUCAUGAGAAUCGCAAUGGGACAGCCGGAUUCACAAAUGUUCAACAAUCCGCUAUUGUAUGAUUGUAAAGGGGUACUUUUCCUUUAUACUUUCCUUACAACUCCAACUUUCUCGCUUCCAGUUCUUUGAAAACAAUCGCUGGCAGAUGUGGAUGCUCGGCGGAGCGUUUCCGUUCGCUGUGACAGUGCUCAAAACGAUGUUCCUGAAACUGGGACUCUUCGGCGCCGGACCGUUUGUGAAAGUGCACAAAACAGUGAGAGAAGCGGUGAUGGCAAGGAUUGCGCAGAGAGAAACGGACGAAAAAGAGGGAAUUGAGCACGGAGAGCCCGAAGACUUUAUUGAUCUUUUCCUAAACGCAAAGGCGGAUGACGUCGCUCAUUUUGGAGAAGACAAUGAGGAAUUCACCAAGGCCACUGUCUACAAUAACAGUCUGCUGACCGUUCAAGAGAUCAUCAGCCAAUGUGUGGUCUUUCUGGUGGCUGGCUUCGAUACAACUGCCAUUUCUUUGGCUUUUGUAGCCUAUUUUGCUGCUUUGCACCCUGAAGUACAGCGUAAAAUGCAAGAAGAAGUGGAUAGAGAGUGUCCGGAUCCGGAAAUCACUUUUGAUCAACUGGCAAAGCUGAAGUACGUGGAAAAUGCUAUCAAGGAAGCGCUGAGGAUCUUUCCACUGGCUUCUUUGUAAGUAUUACCUCAACCCUUGCCAUCUAAUAUCUACAUUUUCCAGCGCCAACUCGCGUAGAUGCAUGAGAACUACCAAACUCGGCGAGACGACAGUUGAAGCGGGUGUGGACGUGAUGCUCGACACGUGGACUCUUCAUCACGACCCGAGCAUCUGGGGACCGGAUGUCGAGGAGUUUCGGCCGGAGAGAUGGGAGACCUCCUCCGCCCACACGUUCCUCUCGUUCGGCGCGGGACCCCGUCAAUGUCUGGGAAUGCGUUUGGCCUAUCUGGAACAGAAGAUCCUUCUGGCUCACGUCCUUCGGAAGCACUCCUUCGUCGCCAACAACAAGACAAGUGUUCCGAUGAAGUUGGUGGGUAGAUCCACGACGAGACCGGCUGAUUUGUGGCUUUCGGUAAAGCCGAGAUUCUGA